AUGUCCCGGGCGCUCGUUCUCACCACAUCUUUCAAGACGUUCUAUACUCCAUCAAUUCCCCUCGGCCGCCGGACAUUAUGCACCACGGAUCAUCUAUCCUCAAACUCACAAUUUCACCGUUCUGACUUCUCCGGUCAAGGAUUCGUUGCUAGUUAUGACCCAAAUGAACCAGCAAAAGGGCCAUUAAGUCAAACCUCGCGGCAUGGAGCGACGCGGCUUACUCCAAAAUCCCUUAAAGACCAUCUUGAUAAGUUCGUGGUGGGACAAGACAAAGCCAAGAAAGUCACUAGUGUAGCUAUAUUCAAUCAUUAUCAAAGGAUUCGAGAAAUACGGCGGCAGGAAGCAGAGGAACGUGAGAAGAAGGAGCAGAAGUUGAGAAGAGAAAGUAGGGAGAAGGCGGAUAAAUCUCAUCCUGUCGAAAAUGAAUUUCCUGGCCAUCCGCAAACUGUGGAUCUGAACAGAAAACCGGAACCGGAACCUGAAAUUGGUUCUAAGCCGCUGGAGGAUGACAAAAAUACCAUUAUUGAAAAGUCCAAUCUCCUCCUACUAGGGCCCUCCGGAGUAGGAAAGACGUACAUUCUCCAAACUCUAGCUCGCGUCCUAGAAGUACCAUUUGCAACAGUAGAUUGCUCAUCUCUGACCCAGGCCGGAUACAUUGGAAGUGACAUUGAGUCUUCCAUCGAGCGUCUUCUACUAGCAGCAGCUCAUUCCGUCCCAAAAUGUGAGACCGGAAUCAUCUUCUUUGAUGAAGUUGAUAAGCUCGCCAAACCAGCCGUGGUCACCCAUGGAAGGGAUGUUUCUGGCGAAGGAGUUCAACAAGGACUCUUAAAAAUGAUCGAAGGCACUACCGUCACGAUUAACGCCAAACAAGACCGCAACUCCAAAACAGAAUCAAACUCUUCUCGUGGAGGAGAUAGACUCGAAAGAGGAACUAGAGAGUCCGGAGCUCAACCCGGUAAAAGCGAACAAUACACCAUCGACACAACUAACAUCCUCUUCGUCUUCGCCGGCGCCUUCGUCGGUCUCGAGAAAAUAGUCGCCAAACGUCUCUCAGCAGGUUCAUCCAUCGGAUUCGGCGCUCCCAUCCGCCCCCCAACCAAAAAGCCUUCCCCAACGGACCCCCCCAACCUCCUCCAAAAAGUAAACACCUCCGACCUCCAAUCCUACGGCCUAAUCCCCGAACUCCUCGGCCGCAUCCCCAUCACGGUCUCCCUCUCCCCCCUCUCCCUCGACCAACUCGUCUCCAUCCUCCGCGACCCCAAAAACUCCCUCAUCAAACAAUACACCGCCCUCUUCGCAACCUACAACGUAUCUCUACGCUUCACCACCGCCGCACUCCACGCUCUCGCCAGCCAAGCCCUACACUCCACAUCCUCCCUCUCCUCGGAGGCCAAAAACGACGAUAAAUCCACACCCGGAAUGGGCGUUGGCGCGCGGGGUCUCCGCACGAUCCUCGAGUCUGUACUGCAGGAAACGAUGUUCAUAGCUCCAGGCUCUGAUAUCAGGUUCUGUCUUAUCGAUGAGGCGUUUGUGAAAGCGCAUUUUGCGCCGGGGGAGAAGGAGAGGGAGAAGAUCCCACAGUGGUGGAGUCGUGGAGCCAGAGUUGCUUUUGAGGAGGUGUUUGAGAGGGAGGAAGGUGAGUGGGAUGAUAGGGUUAAUGGGAAGGUAAUUGAGGAGGAGGAGGAUCGUGGUGGGUUUGAGAAGUUGAGGGUUGGUGGGAGUUCUGGGAUGUGA